CAAGAGGAAGAAAAUUUGUUUUUCUUCCGGGAUAAACUUUCGCGUUUUAUAAAAAAAUUAGAAAUCUCGCGGGAACAAAAACUCGAGGACGACUAACUUUUUGGCGUGUUUUACAGAAGGAAUUUUUGCCGAGAUCAAGGUUUAAUGUCUGUAAAAAAAGAUUAGUUCGAGUUUGUAAAAACUGCUUUUAUAAAACCUAAAUGAAACGUAAAAAUCUAAAACAAAAACAAAGUUUCGUUAUAUGCGCUCAUGAUGUUUGUGUAUAUGGUAGCGUGUACAUACUAUUAACCAUCGUUUUUCGUUUCAGGGAUAUAUUGGCUUAUUCAUUGUUGCUUAUGACAAGGAUCAUCCUUACGCUGAUAAAAUGAUCGACAAAUUUAGCAACAGACAAAGCGUACAACCAGCAUUUAACUCGUCAGUAACACAAUACUUUACUUACUCCCAAUCAGCUGUUGUAUCGACAAUAUCCUACUCCGUAAAGGCUUACUGUCUAUUGAAUUAUUACGGACCUUUGUGUCAAAUAUUUUGCCAGACUACAGCAAACACACACUUUAAAUGUGCAGAGAAUGGCAGCAAAAUCUGCUUCAGCAAUUGGUAUGGAAAAACGUGUGACACAUAUUGCCAACAAAAUGUUAACACAAAGUACACAUGCAACAAAACAACUGGAGAAAAAGAAUGUUUUGCUGAUUAUUAUGGAGUGAACUGCACCAAGUAUUGUAGUACUUACAAUGGAACAGCAAAAUAUAUUUGCAACAAAAUAACUGGAGAAAAAGAAUGUUUUGCAGAUUAUUAUGGAGUGAACUGCACCAAAUAUUGUAGUACUUAUAACGGAACAGCUAAAUAUAUUUGCAACAUAAUAACUGGAGAAAAAGAAUGUUUUGUUGAUUAUUAUGGAGUCAACUGCAGCAAAUAUUGUAGUACUUACAAUGGAAUCGCUAAAUAUAUUUGCAACAAAGUAACUGGUGAAAAAGAAUGUUUUGUUGAUUAUUAUGGAGUAAACUGCACCAAAUAUUGUAGUACCUACAAUGGAAUCACUAAAUAUAUUUGCAACAAAGUAACUGGUGAAAAGGAGUGUUUUGCAGAUUAUUAUGGAGUGAACUGCACCAGAUAUUGUAGUACUUAUAAUGGAACAGCUAAAUAUAUUUGCAACAAAAUAACUGGAGAAAAAGAAUGUUUUGGAGAUUAUUAUGGAGUGAACUGCACCAAAUAUUGUAGUACUUAUAACGGAACAGCUAAAUAUAUUUGCAACAAAAUAACCGGAGAAAAAGAAUGUUUUGCAGAUUAUUAUGGAGUGAACUGCACCAAAUAUUGUAGUACGUAUAAUGGAACAGCUAAAUAUAUUUGCAACAAAGUAACUGGUGAAAAAGAAUGUUUUGUAGAUUAUUACGGCGUGAACUGCACCAAAUAUUGUAGUACUUACAAUGGAACAGCUAAAUAUAUUUGCAACAAAAUAACUGGAGAAAAAGAAUGUUUUGGAGAUUAUUAUGGAGUGAACUGCACCAAAUAUUGUAGUACUUACAAUGGAACAGCUAAAUAUAUUUGCAAUAAAAUAACUGGUGAAAAAGAAUGCUUUGCAGAUUAUUACGGAGUGAACUGCACCAAAUAUUGUAGUACCUACAAUGGAAUCGCUAAAUAUAUUUGCAACAAAGGAACUGGUGAAAAAGAAUGUUUUGUAGAUUAUUACGGCGUGAACUGCACCAAAUAUUGUAGUACUUACAAUAUAACAGCUAAAUAUAUUUGCAACAAAAUAACUGGAGAAAAAGAAUGUUUUGGAGAUUAUUAUGGAGUGAACUGCACCAAAUAUUGUAGUACUUAUAACGGAACAGCUAAAUAUAUUUGCAACAUAAUAACUGGAGAAAAAGAAUGUUUUGUUGAUUAUUAUGGAGUCAACUGCAGCAAAUAUUGUAGUACUUACAAUGGAAUCGCUAAAUAUAUUUGCAACAAAGUAACUGGUGAAAAAGAAUGUUUUGUUGAUUAUUAUGGAGUAAACUGCACCAAAUAUUGUAGUACCUACAAUGGAAUCGCUAAAUAUAUUUGCAACAAAGUAACUGGUGAAAAGGAGUGUUUUGCAGAUUAUUAUGGAGUGAACUGCACCAGAUAUUGUAGUACUUAUAAUGGAACAGCUAAAUAUAUUUGCAACAAAAUAACUGGAGAAAAAGAAUGUUUUGGAGAUUAUUAUGGAGUGAACUGCACCAAAUAUUGUAGUACUUAUAACGGAACAGCUAAAUAUAUUUGCAACAAAAUAACCGGAGAAAAAGAAUGUUUUGCAGAUUAUUAUGGAGUGAACUGCACCAAAUAUUGUAGUACGUAUAAUGGAACAGCUAAAUAUAUUUGCAACAAAGUAACUGGUGAAAAAGAAUGUUUUGCUGAUUAUUACGGAGUGAACUGCACCAAAUAUUGUAGUACUUACAAUGGAACAGCUAAAUAUAUUUGCAACAAAAUAACUGGAGAAAAAGAAUGUUUUGGAGAUUAUUAUGGAGUGAACUGCACCAAAUAUUGUAGUACUUACAAUGGAACAGCUAAAUAUAUUUGCAAUAAAAUAACUGGUGAAAAAGAAUGUUUUGCAGAUUAUUACGGAGUGAACUGCACCAAAUAUUGUAGUACCUACAAUGGAAUCGCUAAAUAUAUUUGCAACAAAGGAACUGGUGAAAAAGAAUGUUUUGUAGAUUAUUACGGCGUGAACUGCACCAAAUAUUGUAGUACUUACAAUGGAACAGCUAAAUAUAUUUGCAACAAAAUAACUGGAGAAAAAGAAUGUUUUGGAGAUUAUUAUGGAGUGAACUGUACCAAAUAUUGUAGUACUUACAAUGGAACAGCUAAAUAUAUUUGCAAUAAAAUAACUGGAGAAAAAGAAUGUUUUGCCGAUUUUUAUGGAAUGAACUGCACGAGAUAUUGUAGCUUGUAUAACGAGACUGUCAAUUAUAUUUGUAAUGAAAUCACUGGAGAGAAGGAAUGCUUUGACGGUUAUUAUGGAGUGAACUGCACCAAAUAUUGUAGUACGUAUAAUGGAACAGCGAAGUAUAUUUGCAACAAAAUAACGGGGAAAAAGCAGUGUAUUUCCGGUUGGUCAGGACCGGAUUGUGCGACUAGGAUCUCCGGUACAACCUCUUUGGUUCCAACAAAGAGAAGUUCUUCAACCAAGCCUUUAGUAAUACAUGGGAAAGAAAAAACGGUUGGAAAUUGGUUAGCAAAUACAACGGAAGGCAAAGUUACAAUAUCUAUUAUCAUUGUUGUAAUUUUUGUGUUUGCUUUUUUGCUAGCUAUACUAAAAGUGCGUCGAUCCAGGUAACCAUGUUUCUUUCUAAUGUUGAAGAUUUACUUCGCUUAACAAUGUUUGUGUCUUGGUAUUUUUCGCGCUAGAUUGUUAAGUAUUAAGUUGAUUGGCUAUCGCAAACAUUCUUCCAACUCUGAUUGGCAUGUUAUAUAUAUGGUGUGAUCGUCUUUAUUUACGGCGAAGAAUAAAACUGCAAGGAGUGUUUACCUAACCUUUUGAUAUAACUUGCGAUACUGCAUUCAUUUUUAAUUCUUUCUAUUUAUUUUAUGAACUUCAUUUAUAGGAAGAACAAAGAGUUUCAAAUGGAUUAUACUGUUUAUAAUGAGCAAAAUGUUGAGGAAACAGCAGAAAACGAAAUUCCCAC